UUUGCUUUCAUGCAGGCAUCAAUGAGACAAAUAUGAAAUGGCGUCGAGUUCAGUUAGCAUGCGGCGUAGUCCACCUCUUGAGCGCCCUAACAUGUCAGAGGAUGAUCCUUUGCCAAAGCUGAAUGUUGUUCUGUGUGGAAGUGACAGCAGAUUAAAAUCUUCAGUAUUAAACCUGAUCCUGAAUCAGAGUAAGAGAAGAUCAGAGCCAGAAGAUGAAGAGAUGAUAAGCUCAGAUUGUGUGAGUUUGAAUGGUGAGGUGUGUGGACAUCUGAUGACUCUGGUGAAGCUUCCAGCUCUGUUUAACCAUCGACUCUCAGAUGAAGAAAUAAUGCGUCAGGCUCUCAGCUGUGUGUCUCUCUGUGAUCCUGGAGUUCAUGUGUUUCUCUUCAUUAUUGAUGAUGAUCCACUGACUGAUGAAGAUAAAGCAGAAACAGAGAAGAUUCAGAGAAUAUUCAGCUCAAGAAUCAACAAUCACACCAUGGUCCUUAUAAUCCAGAAAUCAGAGAACAGAACAGCAGAAAUAAAUGAAGAAAUGAAGUCUGUGGUUGAGAGUUUUGGAGGAAGCCAUGAGUUUCUCUCUAUUAACACACAAGUGUUCAUGUUGAUGGAGAAACUGAUGCAGAUGAUGGAAGAAAACAGCAGAAGCUUUUACUCCACAGAAACAUUUUGGGAUGCACAGCUGGAGAAACUUCUGAAACUUGAAAAGAUAAAGAAGAAGAUUCAGACACAAGAUGCUAGAGAUGGUUCAGAUGAUGUGAGGAUUGUCCUGCUGGGAAAAACUGGAGCUGGGAAAAGUGCAACAGGAAACACAAUCUUAGGGAGAAAAGCAUUUAAAUCAGUCACAUCACAAGGGUCCAUUACUAAAGAGUGUCAGAGAGAAACAGCUGACGUUAACAGCAGAUGCAUCACUGUGAUUGAUACUCCAGGACUGUUUGAUACUGAACUGAGUCAGGAAGAGAUUCAAAGAGAAAUGACCAACUGUAUCUCAAUGAUACUGCCAGGACCUCAUGUGUUUAUUAUUGUACUGAGUUUAGCACAACGCUUCACAAAAGAAGAGGAAGAAUCAGUGAAGAUCAUUCAAGAGACUUUUGGUGAAAACUCUUUAAUGUACACCAUUGUGCUCUUCACCAGAGAAGAGGAGCUUGAAGAUGAAACCAUUGAAGAGUACCUGGGAACCCGCAAAUCUCCUUUAAAGAACCUCAUUGAACAGUGUGGAAACAGAUAUCAUGUGUUUAAUAAUAAUGAGACUGAAGAUCACACACAAGUUUCUGUCUUACUGGAGAAAAUAGACGACAUGGUGAAAGCAAAUGGAGGGAGUUAUUACUCAUCUAAAAUAUUCAGAGAGAUGGAGCGAGAAAAACAAGAACAACAAAUAAAGAUACUGAUGGAGAGAAUUGAACAACUGAGCAGAGAGAAAGAAGAGGAGAGAGAGAGAAUGAAAAAGAUGAUGGAGGAAGAAAAACUGAAAUAUAAAAGAGUGAGGAAGAAAAAAGAAGAGGAAUUUAUAGAGAAAGAAGAAAGAUAUAAAAGAGAAAUGAAGGAGCAAGAAAAACAGAUGCAAGAUGAGAUGAGAAGAGAACGAGAGACAUUAAAAAAUGAAAUGAAGGAAACAAACAAAGAAAACAAAGAUCUCCAGAUAACAUAUACGACACAAAUAGACAAACUGAUGAAUACAAUAGAGACUGAACGACAAAAUCAUGAAAGAGAGAGAAAGAGAAGUGAAGAUGAGUUAAGAGAGACAGAAGAAAGAUAUAAAAGAGAAAUAAUGGAGCAAAAGAGACAGAUUGAAGAUGAGAUGAGAAGAGAAAGAGAGACAUUAAAAAUCGAAAUUGAGGAAAUAAAAAAAGAAAAGAAAGAUCUCCAGAUAACAUAUGACAAACAACUCAUGAAUACACGAGAGAAUGAACGACAGAAUCAUGAGAGAGAGAGAAAGAGAAGAGAAGAUGAGUUUAGGGAGACAGAAGAAAGAUAUAAAAGAGAAAUAAUGGAGCAAAAGAGACAGAUGGAAGAUGAGAUGAGAAGAGAAAGAGAGACAUUAAAAAUCGAAAUUGAGGAAAUAAAAAAAGAAAAGAAAGAUCUCCAGAUAACAUAUGACAAACAACUCAUGAAUACACGAGAGAAUGAACGACAGAAUCAUGAGAGAGAGAGAAAGAGAAGAGAAGAUGAGUUUAGGGAGACAGAAGACAGAUAUAAAAGAGAAAUAAUGGAGCAAAAGAGACAAAUGGAAGAUAAGAAGAAAAUAGAACAAGAAAGAUAUGAGAGAGAGAAAAAAGAUGAAAUACUGAGAAAAGAAGAAGAGGAUCAGAAAAGAGAAGAGAAAGAACAAAUGAUGUUGGACCAGUAUGAGAAAAUAAAAAAAGAGAAAGAGAGGACAGAAAGAGAAAGAGAAGACCUUCAGUUAAAACACAACACAGAGAUAGAGAGAAUGAAGAAGAUGAUAGAGGAAGAAAGAGAGAAACAUGAGCGAGAGAAGAAAGACAGAGAAGAAAAAUACAAAGAAAAGAUGAAAGAAAUAGAGACUAAAACCCAAGAACAACAGCAACUAAAGAGAAAACUUGAGGAAACACAGAAACAGAUGCAAGAUGAUGAAAGGAGGAGAGAGGAAGAGAAACAAAACUGGAGAGAAAAACAGAAGAUCCUUGAAAAAAUGAUCCAGAAUGAGAAACAUCUGAGAGAAGAAGAAAGAAAGAUUUAUGAAGAUAAAAUUCAUCUGAUUGAACAACAGUGUAAAGAUAAACUCCUGAGAGUAAAAUCAGAGGAGUCUGAAGAAGACAGAAGAAGAGAAAUAGAGAGAAUUAAAAUCUCCUGCUCUCAAACAGACUCAAGUCAUCUGAUAGUUGAAUCAAAAAUCAGCAAACAGCUUGAAAAACUCUUCAGUAGGUUAAAUUUAACAAACAGACAUCAAGAUAAACUGAGAACAGAAGAUUUUCUUAAAAUCACAGAAUCUUCACUUCAGUCUCAAGAGCCACAGAAAGAAACUGAACUUGUGAACUCAUUCCUACUAAAACUGUUUAACUUGAACUACAGAGCAAGAGAAACUCACAUAAAACACAGAGAAGAUCAACAAACACCUGCAAACUACAACCCUGAAGUUGACUUUGAUAUUCAUGUGAUGGAUGUUCAGAUGGCUGUGUUUCAUUGUGCUGAGAGUUUCCUAAAGCAGCUGAUGGUCACUAAACUCUCACAGUGUCAGUUUGCUCUUCCUCUUCUUGUUCCUCAUCCAUUCACACAACAGAUUGAGUUUCCUCUCUGGACAUUCAGACAAAUCAACAAGAGCUGGAAGAUGAGAAAUAAUGACAAUGAGAUCAUCAGUAAAGUCCAGCCUGUGUACAAAGCAGAAACUCCAAUGGUGUCGUUCUUCAGGUUUGGCUCUUUGUCUUCAUCAAAGUCUCAGCUGAUAAACAGUUUGAUCAAUGAGAAACACAACACGUUCUUCCACAGAAACUGCUCAGGAAGCAGCAGAACCAGACUACUGAUGGAUGGAGUGGUGGAGAUCGCCUGGUACUAUCCAUCUGGAAAAAACACAGAUCAAUUUACUGACUGUGUUGCCUUCUGUAAUCUUCAUGGUGAUGCAGGAGACCAUGAGAAACAAUAUGAGAUUAUAACCAGUAUGUCUUCAGUCAAUGUCCUCUUCUUAUCUGAUUUUGGACAGAAGAACCAGGAUAAGAGUUUAGUGAAGUCACUCUUCAGAUCUUCUCAGCCUCUUAUUUGUCUCCUCACAGACAAUGACUGUAAUAAAACUAAACAGACAGAUGGAAAAUUCAUCUUUGGUCUUUUGAACAAAAAUCAAUCUGAUCUAUCUAAUGAGAUAAGAGAAACAAUCAGAUUGAGUCUGAAAAAGCACAACAAGACUUUUAAACUGGAAGAUGUGGCCAAACACACAGGAAUUCAGGUAGAUGAGAAUAAUGAAGAGUGUCAGAGAGGGAAAGAGGCGGCGCUCCAGAUGAUGAGAUCACUGCAUGAUAAAGAUCCAUCAACAUUUAAAGAAACAAAUCUGCCCUGUCAGGGGAAACUGUGGCACGACUGGUGUAAAAUAAACAAAGAGCUUCGUUAUCUAAGAGGAGAAAAUCUAGAAGAAGAUAAAAGCACCAAACUGAAUCUCAUGAGAAAAAUAAGAGAAAAACAAAUGGCACAAGGAUCGAGUGCGUUUAUAAAGAGGUUUUCUGAAGAACUCCGAUCACUGAAAACCAACGAGAAAAAGUAUUUUCUCACAUGGAUGAUAAAUCUGUUGGAUGACUUUACUUCUAAAAAGCUUUGUGAACUUCGCGAGGAGUAUGAUGUGACAUGGAAUAAAGUGUUUGCUUUGCAAAAAAUGCAAGAUAAACAAGACCAACUGCAGAUUAAACAAACAGAGCUCAAGAAAAUAUCAGAACAAAUCAAUAAAACAAUGUUUGGUUUGGAGGACAUUGUGAGAGAGGUUGGUCAGAUCUAUGAAUCAUGGUCAUCUGUAAAGAUAAACAGUUUCUCUGAUCUCCCGAGUCUUGCAGCAGAGAUGAUGAUCUCUGGAUUUCCACUGGAGCUGAUGGAUGGAGAUGCUGCUCAUGUUCCUCUCAUCUGGAUUAAAGCUGUUUUAGAUCAAAUCCUCCAGAAACUGGGAGAUCUGAGAGUUUUUGUGCUGUCAGUUUUAGAGAUUCAGAGCUCUGGUAAAUCCACUUUACUCAAUGCCAUGUUUGGUCUUCAGUUUUCUGUCAGUGCUGGUCGAUGUACCAGAGGAGCUUUCAUGCAGCUGAUCAGAGUAUCAGAGGAGAUGAAACAACAGCUGAAGUUUGAUUUUAUUCUGGUUGUUGAUACUGAGGGUCUUCAUGCACCAGAACUCGGUGGAAGAUCAACAAGAAAUCAUGAUAAUGAAUUGGCCACAUUUGUUGUUGGUUUUGGAAAUCUGACAUUGAUCAACAUCUUUGGAGAAAACCCAUCUGAGAUGCAGGAAAUUCUCCAGAUUGUUGUCCAGGCCUUCAUGAGGAUGAAAACGGUCAGACUGAAUCCCAGCUGUAUGUUUGUACAUCAGAACGUUUCAGACCUCACAGCUGGAGAGAAAAACAUGGAGGGAAGAAGACGACUGCAGGAGACACUGGAUGAGAUGACAAAACUUGCUGCUAAAGAAGAAGUCUGUGAUGCAGAAUAUUUCAGUGACGUCAUUGCAUUUGAUGUACAGAAAGAUGUGAAAUAUUUUUCACAGCUGUGGGAGGGAAGCCCACCAAUGGCGCCACCAAACCCAAACUACUGUGAGAAUGUUUUGGAUCUGAAAAAAUCUAUUUUAACACAUGCUUCAGAAUCAGAUGGUAUAAUGCUGUCACAUCUAAGAGGACGUAUUGAAGAUCUCUGGGAGGCUUUGAUGAAUGAACAGUUUGUGUUCAGCUUUAGAAAUUCACUGGAAAUCGCAACUUACAGGAGAAUAGAGACAGAAUACAAAAAGUGGAGCUGGAGUCUUCGAAGUGCAAUGCUGGAAAUUGAAAACAAACUACACAACAAAAUAGAAAAUGAAGCAGUUCAUGAAGUUGAGGAAACCGAUCUUCAAAGAGAACUUAAUGGAAAAAGUAAAGAAGUGAAAAAGUCAAUGUCUGAAUUCUUUGAGAAAGACAGAGAUGCAGGAAUACUGAUUCAGUGGAAAGCUUCAUUUGAAAUAAAAAUUAAAGAACUUCAGGAAAACAUUGUGAGGGAGACAAAGAAGAAAUUAAAUCAGGUUCUUCAGCAGCGAGAGAUUAAGAAAAAGAUUGAUGCUCAGAGGACACAACAUGAAAACAGUCUGUUUCAAAAGAGCAAAGAUCUUGCCAUGAAACUAAAGGACAAAGCAAAUGAUGAAAAUAUCAUGAAAAAAGAGUUUGAUUCCUUUUUUAAAGAGCAGAUGGAUGAAAUCAUCAGAGAGACUCCUCCAGUUACGAAUAUCAACAUAUUAAAGGAUGUGACAGAUCUCCUCAGAAACACCUAUGAAAUUCUCUCUGUAGACUAUAAGAAAAUCAGCAGUGAGUACAUUAAUAUGCUCUCAGUGCCAAGCUAUUCAGAUUAUGUGGAGUUAAAGAGAUCCAGUGGAGCUAUGGGACCUUUAAAAAAUGUCUACAAAGGAGUUAAAAUGAGAUUUGGCUUUGGCUUUGUUUUAUCUAAAGAGGAUGAAGUUCAGAUAAGAACUUUAAUCAAUGAAAUUGCAGAUCACACAGAUAAAAUGAUUCAGUCAUAUAACAUUGCAAAGAUGGGCUACAACAUCAGCUGCAUUCCACAACUCAUAGAUUACAUAAAGACACAAUUAUCAGAUCAUGAGGAAGAGACAAAAGUGAGAUAUGUGUUCAAGAGAGAAUUCUUCAGAGAUUUGGUUGUUUGUAUUUGUCAGAGAGCAAACAAGACAAUUACUCAUCAACACAGAUUAUUCAGAGAAGCAAAUGAUCCUGUUCUGUAUUUUAACAUGAAAAGAGAAGAGUACUACAGGAUUUUCCAGAAAUACUGUCAAGAAGCAACAUCAGUUCAAGGUUUUUUUUAA